CGGAAGUUUUCCUUCGUGUUAGCGUUAAGAAAAAAGCAGCACAAGAUAAGAAAUAUGCUGGUGGAACAGGUGGCGGCCCCCAAAUUGAAAUUACAUACACUGCAAUUGAAGAAGCAAUUCUUCAACUAUUAGAUCCAGCCUCUAUACAUGGGAUUCCAGGGGAUGUUGAAAGUGAAGAACCUAUUAAUGAAGAAGAAAGAGAACCAACCCCCAGACCCUCAGGAGCUAGGUUUACAGCUACCGGUAGUUGUUUCCGAGAGGAAUUUAUGUUUCGGCCCGUUCAAGAGAAAGAUGAUUCUAUAACCCGCAUUCUGAAUGAGGAUAUACAGGAACAUGAUAUCACAGUACCCAUUGUGCAUUUAGAACCUGAAAUUUCAGCACCUACAAACAUUCCUGGAUUUUCAUCAUCCGGAACAUAUGAGGUAGAAACAUGUAGUUCAAGCAAUACUCGUCAACCUAUUGCUGCUACCAAGGAACAGCGAAGUAGGUCUAGUACCCCUUCUGCCACAGCUGUUAGGUCAACUGUAACUGGUGAUUACACUGAUGAAAUGGAUUCAUCUCCAAUGCCAAGUACGAGCAGUAGUGGCAGGAGGCCACGAACCUCUUCUGCCCGAAAAGAUGAAGAUCUUCUUCGAGAGAUGCUUCGUGUUCAAACACAAAUGAGGGACAGUUUUUUACAGCUUGUAGCUCACACAGAGUGCAUUGCAUCUGCAAUGCUAUGCAUUGCAAAAGUUAUGCAGUCGAAAAAUCCUAUCCAAUGAUGCUGUGUUUAUGGUAUGUGUAUAUGUAGUUGUUUACUUAGGUAAGUCCUUUACUUUUGGUAAAUGUGAUAAUAGCGUAGUUGAAAAGUCAUCAAACACUUAUUAUAAAUUUUCAUUUGAGUGAUUGUUAUGAAGGAAGACCGCAUGUUAAAAAAUUGUGUAACUUUCACUUGCAGCCUAUACUAGUCAUGAAAAUGUAACAGGAAUAUUUAGCUCUCCAUAAGUUCAUUAAAAUCACGAAGUUAAGUGAAAGACACACAUUUGUCAACUAAUAACAUGUGUUGCAGUGCUACUACGGGUAAUGUUUACCCAAGUUUUGGGUAAAAGUUCCUACCACACUCAAAAUUAUAUGUUUGAAAAGAGGCUCAUGUACUUAUUUUUAUUUUUUAAAGGUUCCUUUA